AUGACGAUGGGCGAUGAAGCUGCGAACAUGUACCGUUGUGCUACUCGCGCGCCCAGAUUGGAGCAGAACGAGUUCCCAGCAGUUCAAGACAGAGAACGCGAUCAAAACGGUACCAGUAUUACACAUACACCGCCCAAACUGUCGAUACAGCAAUUCGGAGGGGACGAUAUGAGUCUGCUACCCACACCGUUGGUGUACACGCCGUCGUCGCCGAACGUGGCCUCGCUGUCGCCUGUGGAAUCGAGAUUUGCAAGCACACCGUCAAGUGCGCGUUCCAAAAAGGGUUACGGGGCACUCAACUCCCCGAUCGCCGAGACUUUCAAUCGCUCGCAUGUACUCGAAGACAAGCAGCGGAUUCUGUCCGAAUAUGCCCCUCACAGCGCACUGGCCCCUGCAACCGCAAGCACGCUUUCGCAGCGUAUUAGUUCGCUUUCGGGCGUGGCUCGCAAGCUGGAGAGCGUGGAAGAGACAAUUGGUGCUGCGUUGAACGAGUCAUACACGCCCGAGUCCUUAAGUCCGACCACAGACGAGCUUCUCACUGCGUGUCUUGUGAAGGACACUACACAAACUCUGCGUCUGCGCAAAAUCCGUCAGAUCGGCGUCGGGAACUUCAGCGACGUCUACCUUUACCAAGACGCCGCCAGCGCUAUGCACGCUACGAAAGUUGCAGUCAAGCACGUCAAAUUUCCAGAAGAAUUAAUUCACGCGUCAUCGCCAAAAUCGCCCCAGUAUCGCGAAAUGCUCUCACGCGUGGAAAGCUCUCUUAUUCGCGAGCUGGAUGCGCUGAUGGGCAUCUCGCAUCCCUGCAUCACGCAUCUGCUCGCCGUCAAUAACCCCAUCUUCGUUUCCAGUAAGCGUCCUCUCAGUAGCGCUGUCUCUGCCCAAGGGCUGCCACCUUGCGAUAUGGUGCUUUCGUACUGCGCGGGCGGCGAUCUGUUUGAGAUGGCGAGCCAGAACGUGCUUCCAGAUUGGCUGCUGCGGCGGAUUUUCACGGAGCUGACUCUCGCCGUUCAGUAUCUGCACGAAAAUCUAAUAGUACAUCGCGAUCUGAAGCUGGAAAACGUCCUUAUAAAGUACCCUCUCGACACUCUGAUACAAAUGCACGACGACCAAACGGCUUGGGGCUUGCAUCACAUCGUGGAGCUUGCCGAUUUCGGGCUGUGUCGACGCAUUGAGCCCGACGAGAUGUGCACCACCAGAUGUGGCUCCGAAGAUUACGUGUCGCCAGAAAUACUGAUGGGGGUGCCCUACGACGGUCGUCUCAGCGAUACCUGGGCCUUGGGCGUCAUUCUGUACGCGUUGCUCGAGGAACGUCUGCCGUUUGAUCCACUGCCGGCUGCUAUUCCGGGCAAAAGACAACGACGCAGCUCAACCGCGCAUAGAAUAUCACGCUAUGAAUGGCGUUGGAUCAAAAUGGUCGACUCAGACUCGCCAGCCAAGCAAAUUGUCGACAAUUGUGUGAAUCGUAAAAACUUACGUUGGAAUAUUCAGAAAAUCCUCGAAAGUCCCUACGUUUCCGGUGUAUUAACAUCACUCAAAUUUCUACCGUGA